AUAGUGUCCUACAUACAUUCAUGCGAAAUUAAAUUUGUGGUUAUGUUAUGUCAGAAUUAGGUUAGGUUAGGAGCUCCUCUGCUGUCUGCAUGCACUGUUUACAGUGCGCGGAACAGGCCGUCAAAAAAUGACAUUAUCAGGAAUUUAAAUAUAAGAUAAGGAACUCGUACUUAGGAAUUUCGUAUGAAUUUUUCGAAGUGUUUCAACGAUGCUGUAUCUCAAAGCACUUCUUCCCAGGACACUUUUCAACAUCGGUUUAGGCUUAGCGUUCUUAUUAUUCUUCUGCGAAUAUCUCAUGUAUUACGUGGUGCUUAUACAGUGCGAAUGGCCUACUCUGGACCCUCGGAAGGAGGACCCGGCUUUACGUGGGGAAGCAACGGACAGGCCUGUCAGAGCGAUGUUUAUAGCGGACACACAUUUAUUGGGCUCCAGGGAAGGCCACUGGUUCGAUAAACUCCGAAGGGAAUGGCAGAUGUACAGAGCGUUCCAAACAAUGAUGACGUUACAUCGACCGGACGUAGUUUUCGUAUUAGGUGACGUUUUCGACGAGGGGCAAUGGUGCGGCUCCGUGGAGUUCGAGUACUACAUCAAGAGAUUCAAUUCCCUGUUCUACAUGCCUAAAGACUCGCAUAUCUACGUCGUCGCCGGGAAUCACGACAUGGGAUUUCAUUACGCGAUCACGCCGUAUCGCAAUCAGCGCUUCAUCAACGGCUUGAAGAGCCCGAGCGUGCGACGGCUGAGCCUGCGAGACAAUCACUUCGUGCUGAUCAACAGCAUGGCGUUGGAAGGGGACGGCUGUUUCCUGUGUCGGCCGACCGAGAUCGCGGUGAAUAAAAUAGCUAAGGAUCUGAAGUGCGCGAGAAGAAUCGGCAACGAUUGUCGCAACGCCAGCGCGAUUUCCAGAUACAGCAGGCCUAUAUUGCUGCAACAUUAUCCGAUGUAUCGAGAAUCGGAUGAGAUCUGCAACGAAUUGGAUCAGGUUCCGAACGAGUUGAGGGCCAUCAAGUUCCGGGAGCGGUGGGAGUGCCUGUCGAAGGAAGCGUCGGAGCAGCUCCUGGAUAUCUUGAAUCCGCGACUGAUCGUCGCCGGUCACACUCAUCACGGCUGCAGGAAGAUACACCGGGAUGACAUUCUGGAAUUCACGGUCCCGUCUUUCAGCUGGCGCAACAAGGUCAACCCGUCCCUAUUGAUGGGUACUUUCACUCCCAGCAAUUAUUCCGUCUCCAAGUGCUACAUGCCCGUGGAAUCUACUGUGAUCGCUAUUUAUAAAUGUAGUCUCCCAUGCGUACUGAUAUAUUUGAUUAUAAAACUCAGGCCGAGGCGGCACGUGUACUCGCGCUUGAAGAUGCCUUGACUAACUCUAUCGUGACGCGUUCGCGCGCGAACGGGCGCAUAAUAUAAUUCUAUAUACAAUGCAACUCAUGGAGGCUAUAAUCGUCGAAAUUAGGACAUAUCUGUAUGGACACUCUUUUUCGUACACGCUAGCCGUCACGUAUUAUUUACAACAGUUAAUAGUAUAAAAUACUUUGUGAUAUAUAUAUCGUAAAUUGUAACGUAUGUCAAUCCUCGAUGUACAUAGAGUAUUGCGUAGGACUCGAGACACAUUUACUAAAGGAUUAUAUAAGUAUCGGCGUGAUUUUGCAUAAACGUGUUAUUUGAAAAAAAAAAAAUGAAAAAAAAAAUUACGAAUCUCAGCGGAACUCUGGGCGACAUUGGGAGGUUUGCGAUAACGACAUCCAAAAGUUGUAGAGUGAAAAUAUGCACACUCGCACUGAACGUAAAAGUAAAAUAUUACAAACUAUGUAUUAUUACUCAUAUACAUUUGCAUACUGCGCUUAUUGUUAUAAUAAUUAUAAUAAUGAUCGGCCGAGACAGUUUGCGAAACUGCAUGUUGUAAUUCUUACAUUAAAGGAAACGAUAAACACUUUA